UUAUCCUUCAGUAUCCUCUGACAAGAACUAUUGAUUGUUAUGCAUUGAAGUCUUUCAUCGAAUUUUUCGCGUGUUUGUCAGCGACCUAAACAAAGGAAUCAGCUGAUCGGUCAUAGUCUGAUUGCCUCAUGAUUUUCCUUCUGAGUUCGCAACAACUGGGGGACAAUUGAUUUUUUUUCUAAAUUUAUAGAUUUUGUUGGUGGAAUGGCUGACAAAUUUACGAAAAAAAAAUGGAAGGAACGAUAAUAAUGAAAAGGGAGAUGAAGGGACACAAAGAGAGAGGACAAGUGACCAUUUUGUGGGUGUCAAAUAUCCCCAAUGACAAUGACAGCUGCCCCAAACGUUUAUUUUAAUAAUUUCUUGAUAAGAUUGAAAAUCAAGACGUGAUUUCUAAAAAUAACAUCGAUAUUAUCUUUUCAAUUGGACUUGUGUUCUUCAUAAAUCGUACGCCUUCCGCAUCGUCACGUUCACUGCUACCUUGAGCUUUCCAUUGGCUCGUGUGAUGGAAAUAAUUUUUUACACUCGAAUUUUAAUGUCAACGAUAUCUGUUGCGUGUCAAAUUGAAGACAAAAGACCAAUUUAUCAAAACGAAAGCAUUUUUUUUGCAAUUAGAAGACUAAAAAAAGAGUUGUCAUUAGACUGCUGUGAUUAGGGCUUAAGGGUAUGGUAAAACACAUAAAGAUGCUGCCAGUGUUCGUACGACCCACUCGAUACCAGCUGCCUGUGGACUCUACUACUUCGAAGUGAAGAUAGUCAGCAAAGGACGUGAUGGAUACAUGGGAAUUGGCCUGUCAGCUCAUGGUGUCAAUGUCAAUCGACUGCCAGGAUGGGAUAAACACUCGUAUGGAUAUCAUGGUGAUGAUGGACACAGUUUUUGUUCGUCUGGUACUGGCCAGCCUUAUGGUCCAACAUUCACUACUGGCGAUAUCAUCGGUUGUGGUGUCAAUCUUGUUGACAAUACAGCAUUUUACACGAAGAAUGGUCAUCACUUAGGGGUUGCAUUCACUGAUUUACCACCAAAUUUAUAUCCAACUGUUGGCCUACAGACACCUGGUGAAGUUGUUGAUGCUAAUUUUGGUCAGACACCAUUUGUUUUUGAUAUUGGGGACAUGAUUGAUGAGCUAAGAGUUCGAACGAGAUUGCAAAUUAUAAAUUAUCCAACGCCAGAUCAUGGACAGGGUCAGUGGCAAGCUGUUCUACACAAAAUGGUGUCAACAUACCUCGUUCAUCAUGGAUACUGCGAUACUGCUGAGGCUUUUGCCAACAGUACAGGACAGGAAUUUGAAGAGGAUUUUAACUCAAUUAAAAAUAGACAAAGAAUCCUGAAGCUCGUUCUUGCUGGCAGAAUGGGGGAAGCAAUAGAUUUAACUAGCCGAUUAUAUCCAGGACUUCUCGAACGCGAUCCAAAUUUAAUGUUUGCAUUGAAAUGCCGUCAAUUUGUUGAAAUGGUUAAUGGAAGUGAUUCAGAGGUUUAUCAAAGCAAUAGUGAUAAUCAGACGAGUGUUAUACAAUCAACAAAAACGUAUAUUAAAUCAUCAACGAAUAGAAAUAUCGAUGAAAUGAAUUUAAAUAAUACAAUUAAUGGUGCUGGUGAAUCACAAUUUAUCAAUGGUCAGAUGGAAGAUGAUGUAGAUAUGGAGGAUAAUACAACGACUAAUACUAAUGGCAUUAAAAAUACAAAUGGAUAUCAGAAUGGUAAUCUGAAUGCUAAUGGAUACAGAUGUCAAAAUGGUGAUGACUUUGAUAUGGAAGUAGAUAGUGCCAAUCAACCACAGCAAAAUGGCAAUACCAGUAAUCCACAAGUGUCAGUUGGUAAAUGUAUAAAGAAACAAUUGUGCGGUGGUAACAAACAGGCGAUUGAAAAAAUGUUGGAUUUUGGACGACAAUUGUAUUCACAAUCUAUUCACCUGAGACAACAAUAUGGAAAGAAUGAGUCUAAUAAAAAAAUGCUUCAGGAUGCAUUCAGUUUAUUAGCAUAUUCUAAUCCAUGGAAUUCACCAGUUGGAUGGCAAUUGGAUCCACAAGAACGUGAAACAGUUUGUGCUAGACUCAAUUCAGCAAUUCUUGAGUCAACGAAUCUUCCUCGACGGCCACCACUGGAGGUUGCAAUAUCACAUGCCAAAGAGUUGGUACGUUUGAUGUCUAGUGCUGGAUUGGGUGCUUGUGGCUUUGCUGUUGUCGAUAAUAUUAUUCAAUAUUGACGGUGCCUGCCUCUGCCACCACGACCACCACUGCUACCUGCUCGUGUAUGGAGGAUUUUUUAAGAGGUGGAGAGGAAUUCGUGGAGCAGACUUUUCAUUGUUAACUCAACAACUUGGUGAUGUAGCGCGCGUGCCUCCAACUGGAAUGAAAAUCAUUACAAUAUUAACGAGCCCAAUACAUAAAUGAUGGAUAAAAAAAAAAUUAUAAUAUUAAUAAUUAUAAUGAAAAUAACCGUAAGUGAUUAAAAAAAAUUUUUGUCAGUGAUAUGCACGAUACGAUCUCACACCCCAAUUACAAGAGAUUGUGAAGCAAUUGAAAUUUCAAAUUGAUAAAUUACUGUACGUUAACAAAACCAUUAUUAUUCGAUAACAUAAACAAAAUGGUGAACGCUCAGGCCUGCCAACCAAAAUGAUACUCCAUGUUUUCUCGAAAAAAAAAAUUAAUUAACAAAUAAAUCUGAUGAUAAAUUGAUUAGAGGGGAGAGGGGACAGUCUAGUAUUUGUGGAUCAAAUGUCAAUCGAUUUCCAUUUAACAGAAAUGUCUCACAUGCAUUUCGUUUACUUCGAGCCAAUCACAAAAAUUAAAAAACAAAAUUUAAACAGCAAAUUCUCCUCAGUUAUUAAUGAUGAUUAUGAAAUAUUAUCUUUGGGGGAACAAGAUUUUAGAUAAUCAUUGUCGUAGCCAUGAAAUUAAAUCAUUUUGUUGUUACACGAUACUUAUUAGAUAACCAGUAACUGAGGAAUGGAAAAAAAAACAAUUGAAAAUAAAAAAAAAAACUUAAUUAAGAAACGAUCUUGUACUCUACGAUAAGUCAUUGUUUUUUAUAUGCGAACAUAGUAUAUUAAAUUAUAUAUUAUUGAAGAAAAAAAAACUUGUAAUAAUAAUAACAUUAUAAUGACGAACAGUUGUUGCAGCUGGGCAUAAGUGUGCGUAUAAAUCAGUUUAGAAUCUUUAAUCAUUCAGAAUAAGGAUUUAGAGUUAAAUAAAUUAUAGAGAAAAAAAAUUAAAGAAACAGAACUAUAAAAAAAAUAAAAAAAAAAUAAGCGUUAUUAUGUUUUAUGUACCUUAGAUAGGAGCUAAAUAAUAUAACUGAUUUACCAUAACGAUAAUUUUAGUUUGUAUUUAUCAAUUUAUUUCAUUUAUCUCUGAUUAUUUUUUGUUGUCGCCCAUUGGAAACGACCCCAAUGUUUGAGGUUAUGUUCAUCAAAAAUGGCGGCCUAGCUCAGCCAGAAGUUCUGGACAAGUUCAGUGGGAGUUUUCUAUGGUGUCUGCUCUGACAGAUUAGAUAACAAGUCAAGAAGAGAAACCUAAACUUCAGAAAACAGUUAAAAAAAUCGAGAAUGAUUGAUCAUCCAACAGUUUUCAUGGCGGCGUGGGGCAUUUACCUCGUCUGGAUGGUAAAAACUGAUUGGAUGAAUGGAGAACGAGACUAUACCGGACCUUCUCCGAGACGUGGACCGACGACGAAGCCCAGGGAGCUCGUGAAGAAAAAGACAGACAGUUAGAGGAAAAUAAUCAUCACAGGAAUGUCGAGGUGUGUUUCCAGUUGUUUUACUUUCUCUCAGGUGAAUCGACUCCUAAUGUACGUCAAAAUAAUCAAUAUGUAAAUGAUUAAUUUAGAAAAAAUCAGAAACGCCAGGUUUUCCUGUAAUUUCUGCUAUUAAAUAAAAGUUAUUAGAAAUUAAA